CCUUCCGGAAAAAGCCGAAGCGCUGUUCGGCUCCCGCCCGAGCCCUCUCCGGAAAACCCCGAAGCGUCUCCGAAUCCCCCGCCCCCUUCCGGAGAGCCCCGAAGCUCCUUCCGGAGAGUCCCGAAGCGUUUCCGGAAGUUGCCGAGCGGCGCCGGUCGUCGCCGAUCCUCCGUCUCCUCAGAACCUCCGUCGUUCUCCGGCUCCCCCGCCGUCCGCCCCCCCUUUUCCCCGCCGGGGGGGGCCCAGCCCGGCUCCCGCCGCCGCCGGGCCCGGUCCGGCCCCCUCCCCGCCGGCCCCCGGCCCGGUUCGGCCCGGCAGGAUGAUCAAGCUCUUCUCGCUGAAGCAACAGAAGAAGGAGGAGGAAUCGGCGGGCGGCACCAAGGGCACCAGCAAAAAGGCCUCGGCCGCCCAGCUCCGCAUCCAGAAAGACAUCAACGAGCUGAACCUGCCCAAGACGUGUGAGAUCGACUUCUCCGACCAGGACGACCUGCUGCACUUCCGCCUCCUCAUCUGCCCCGACGAGGGCUUCUACAAGGGAGGGAAAUUCGUCUUCAGUUUUAAGGUCGGCCAGGGCUACCCCCACGACCCGCCGAAGGUGAAGUGUGAGACGAUGGUUUAUCACCCCAACAUCGACCUGGAGGGCAACGUCUGCCUCAACAUCCUCAGAGAGGACUGGAAGCCCGUCCUGACGAUAAACUCCAUCAUCUACGGCCUGCAGUACCUCUUCCUGGAGCCGAACCCCGAGGACCCCCUGAACAAGGAGGCGGCGGAGGUGCUGCAGAGCAACCGGCGUCUCUUCGAGCAGAACGUCCAGCGUUCCCUGCGGGGGGGCUACGUGGGGGCCACCUACUUCGAGCGUUGCCUCAAGUAGCCCCACCCUGACCCCCACCCUGACCCCCCCCCACCCUGACCCCCCCCUCCCCCUUUUUCCUUCCCCGC